AUGUGGCCAGAACAGGCAGAUGUAUCUACAUGCUACCCACCUGAAACACCUGAAGAAGUUUUAACUACAGUUGUCAGUGAAGAAGCUACUUGUCCCAUAGAGAUCCGUAGGUUCGCUUCCCUUCCUAAACUUAUAAAUGUCACUAAGCUAGUAAUUAAGUUCACUAGGCUCCUUAAACGUACCAUUGGGAAUCGUAAAACUAAGAACUCGGGACCCGUAAACUCUGAAAAUGUCGAAGUACAGAACUCAGAAGCAUUACGAAUUCUUAUUGGCUUCACACAGAGUCAGCGUUCAAGACACAAUUUGCAAGGUGAGAGAAGAAUACUGGAUACCAAGACUGAGACAGUGUGUCAAGAAGAUGAAAACGAAGUGUCACUAUGUAACCGUCUGGAAGGACCUGCAUUGCGCAGGCCUCCUCCGCCACCUCUACCGGCUUGCAGAGUGAACAGUCUCCGGCCAUUUGAGGUGACCGGAGUAGAUUUGACUGGACAAAUUCUUAUCUGUAAUCCAGCCACUAAAGAACUAGACAAGGUUUACAUAGUCGUAUUCACUUGUACCUCAACACGAGCUUGUCACCUGGAAGUGGUAAAAGACUUAACCAGCACUACUUUUCUCAAUUCCUUCAGGCGAUUCACUGCACGAAGAUCUUGCCCUCGUCGAAUGAUUUCUGACAACGCCACUAACUUCAAAACUGGUUCUUCCUUGAUUCAGUCCUUGUAUGAUGACACUGACGUACAGUCCACACUGACUAGGGAAAAUUGUAAAUGGACAUUCAUCACACCUAGGGCACCCCAUCAAGGAGGCUUCUAUGAGAGGAUGGUUGGCAGUGUGAAAUCAGCACUAAAGAAAGCUAUAUUCAAGAAGAGGAUUAAUUCUGACGAACUGAAUACCAUUGUCACUGAGAUAGAGCGUCGUAUUAACAAUAGACCUCUUACAUAUGUGGAUGCUACAUCUCCAGAUACCGUCGAUGCCCUUACCCCUUCUCACCUGUUAACAGUGGAGAAGGAAUACUUGCAGUCCCUGAGAGAUAGACACUAUUUCAACGGGGAUCCAACCCAACCGUUCCAAACCAAGAUUAAAGUAGGAGAUGUGGUGUUAUUGCAUAAUGAAACCCCUCGUUGCAUGUGGAAAUUGGCAAGGGUCAUUCAGCUGAUGCCCAGCUCUGAUGGGACUGGUCAGAGUUGUGAAAAGCUACAGACCAGCAAUGGAGAGACAACUAGGUCAGUUGACAAACUUUACCCGCUGGAGGUCUCUAAGCCAGAGGAUAUGUAUACUGUAGAAGCUGCGGAGAAAAAUUUAGGAGACAGUCAAAAUGCUGAAGGCUAUCAAGCAGAAGAGAGACCGAAGAGAAGAGCCGCCACCAACUCGAGGCGAUUCUUACAGCAGUUGAUUAAUGAUGAAGCUGUUUAA